AUCGGGCAGUUAACCGAAAUGUUGUGGCCCAAGUUAGUCUGUUUCGUCGUGGUCAGCUUCGCUCUUUGCCAACCUUAUCAGGCUUUGCCAAUCUACCAGGAGACUCUUUCUGCAUGUCCAGUCAACUUUACCCGCCUGGCGGACAAAUGCCUUCUCGUAGAUACUUCCUGGCUAAACUGGUACGAAGCGGAUCGCCAUUGUCAUUCCAUCAACGCCGGACUGCUGAGCAUCGAGAACGAAACCGAUUUGAAGGCCAUCAAUGACUGGCUGCCAGUGGUGGCACCUAACCUACUGGAAUUCUGGACUUCUGGCAACAAAUUGAAUCAUCCCUCCAAGAAAUUGGAUUACUUCUGGCAGAGCACAGGAGAUAAAGCUCUCUAUCUUCCCUGGGCGGACGGUGAGCCCACUUCUGACCGCGGGGAUUGCCUGGCAUUGUAUGCCAAUUACAUCGUGUCUUUGGGGGAACUGGUCAUGGAAGAUCACCGGCUGAACGUAAAGGAUUGCACCCAGUGGGCUCCCCACAUCUGCCAGACCGAGCCGGUCCAGUUCCAGACCCACUUGUGCCUCAACCCUGAUGCCUUCCACGAGGUUCAAGUACCAGUGUGGAGCUAACUCUUCAAUGAUUCAUAAAAAAGUAGCUCAAUAAAGCCUAACUACCUUAUAUAUUACAAUUUUAUCAGAAUAUCAGAAGCUUUUCGCCAAUA